AGCACCGGUAUGUUCCGCUUUCCGAUCACAAUUUUGUUUGAAUCUGCGCGACAUGCUGUGCAUAUGAGAACCCUGAAUGGUAAAUCGGUGCGAUUUCUUUGCAGGAUAGGUUAGAUCAGAAAGAUCGAGGUUUCUUGCCACCAAUCUGUAUGUGCAUUGGCAAGUGGGGGGAAACCUGUUACUAGGCUGAGAGGAUCGUGAUUAUUGCAGAAAUUUGGCUCAUCGGCAAAGCUUCGUUGGGAGAAAAGGUUCCAUCUUAUGGAACCCUACGUUGGCAUGAGUAACCAAGGUUGCAGGAUUGAUGUUUCCUCAUUUACAAUCUGGUGUGAUCUGAGAAUAUUUGUGCCGCACUAAUGGGAGGUUCACAGGACAGGCUGGGCAUUUGAGCAACCUACAUGCAAAUUAUCGGUGCCCUGAUCUUUCAUGGCUGCGAAAGCUCGUGCGAGGCCGCGAUACUCUUGGCGGCGAUUCUGGUUGGUGCUGUGCCAUGCCUUGAGCGAGUGCUUCCUCAUCGUAAUGCUGCUUGUGGUCGCCGUGGUGUCGUAUACCGCGACGAGGUUCGCGCUCAUCUGCAGGAUCCGGUCACCGUGCAUGCUGUGCUCAAGAUUGGACAAGGUUCUGCAUGGCAAGGCCUGGUUCUCGGAGGAGCUGGUUUGUGCAGCACACAGGGUGGAAAUCGCGCGUUUAUCCUAUUGCCAGAUUCACAGCAAGCUCGCACAUUCUGAUGAUCUAUGUGGAAAGUGCUUGGUUUCAUGUUCUGGACCAGUUGGUCAGCCAGGUAACCCAACAAACAUGAGCGUUAAGGAGAAGGCGGGGCACACACAGCGAUGUUCUUGUUGUUCAGAGCCAUUCACGAAGAGAGACAACGCGCACAAGUUAUUUGAGGAGGUGAAUGGCAGGUCUCAGAAUGAUGGCAUGAGCAAAGUGAAGGAGAGAAGCAUGGCCACGGCAAGCGUUGGGCAUUCUUCGGAUGAGGAUUUUGAUCAAUUGCCUUACGGAGGUUACAGAAAGCUACAUGACUCUCAAUCAGAGAUUCAUGUCUCAGACGAUGAUGUUGGCGGCGAUGCAAAGCCUUAUGAAGCUAAACGUCGAACCAGAGAUCUCGACGAGCGCUCGAAGGCUGUGCCUGGGCAAGUUCGUCAGGAGCUUCCGAAAGAGAAAACUUUUCUGGUUGGUAUUGAGGAGGUCGGCGAUUUAGAGGGUGUUUCACGAAGCCCUGACCAGGAAGCUAACGGGGCCCGCUCAACUACAAACCAUUAUGUCAACCGCAACAAUAGCAUGAAGAAUGCUCCUGGUGGUAGAGGCAAUCUUAGAUCUCCUCGAUGGUCUGAAGUAAUCUCCGCUAAGGAAACCAAUUCAACAACACAUGAAGAAGUGAAGACAUUCAUGUCCCAGUUGUCUUCUGCGCGAGGCCUCGAUGGUCCUUGGAGUGAGGUGGCUGCUAGCCCCAGAAUCAGCAUACAGAUUGAUGAGUACAGUCAAUCUGAUGCCACUGAUGGCAGGCAGUUCCUUGAUCUGGAACCAUCUGAUGGCCAAGUUCCAACUGAAGCUGAAGGUGAAAUCUCCCUUGAGUCCCUGAAGAAGCAAUGUGAGCUUAACAAGAAAAAACUAAGUAUCCUUUAUAAAGAGCUCGAUGCAGAACGGAGUGCUUCGUCUGUUGCAGCAAGUGAAGCGAUGGCUAUGAUCAAUAGGUUGCAAGUGGAAAAGGCUGCAAUGCACAUGGAGGCGCUGCAGUAUCUCCGGAUGAUGGAAGAGCAGGCUGAUCAUGACCAAGAAGAAAUUGGAAAGCUAAAUGACUUGCUUACAGAAAGAGAGAAAGAAAUGCUUGACCUGGAAGCUGAACUCGAAGGUUAUGAGAGCAGGUUCCGCAUCGAACCAUUUGAGCUCGGAAAAUUUGACGCUAUUGAUGGAGAUAUGGCACUCAGAGUCUUGGAUAAUUCAGAUUUUGUGAGGAAUACCAUCUUUGAUUUUGAAGAUGAGAAGGCCAAAAUUUUGGAAUCCUUGAGCAGAUUAGAGGAAACACUUGGCAUGCCUUACACAAAUAGAUUUGAUUUGGGUGGCACAAGUGAUAGCCUACAGAGUGGGUCACUGAGAGAUCAUCCAACUGAUUGGCCAGGCCAAAGUGUAGAAAACUCAGAAUUGGAAUCUCGGAGUUCACUAUUGCCUCAGGAGCACUUGAACGAUGAAUCACACUUGAACGAUGACUCGCUGAGAGAUCAUCCAAGUGAUGGGCCUGGCCAACAUGCAGAAAACUCAGAAUUGGAACGUCGGAAUUCACUAAUGCCUCAGGAAGACUUGAACGAUGAAUCACUGAGAGAUCAUCCAAGUGAUGGGCCUGGCCAAUAUGUAGAAAACCAAGAAUCAGAAUGCCAAAGUUCACCAUUGCCUCAGGAAGACUUGAAAGAUGAAUCAGUCUCUUUACAACGAAAUGAUGAAAAUCAAUCUGCUGAGAAUCAAAAAUAUGUUGGCCCAUGUUCGCGCUCAGAUGACGAUAAAAUUAGUUCCAUGGAAAGCAUUAAACAAGAAAUUUUGCUCUUGAAUAGUAGAUUCAUGGCACUUGAAGCAGAUCAGAAGUUUCUCAAGCAGAUAUUGAGUUCUCUUAAAUGUAGUAGUGAUGCAGAACAAUAUGUGCAGGAGAUAACUAGUCAUUUGAGGGAGCUCCGAAGAAUUGCUACCGAGCAGAGAGAUAGGACAGCUCUAUGAGCUCAAAAUUAUUCAGCAUUCAGAAGGUAAUAAUAGGCCAUAGUUGUAGCCCAUCUAUUGGCAAUGUGUUUGAGAACAUGCUGUGGAAAAUCAAAAUGUGUUAGUAUAGCUUAUAGGAUGUGUAUCAGGAUAGGUUGAUGUUCAGGAGACCUUAUGCAUUGUAUGAGGUUCACCAAAUGUACUGCAAAUAUCUUUUGAAAUUAUUAGCCUUAGGUUGAUUCUUCCAUCGAAGUGCCUCAGUCAAUAAUCUCACAGAGGAGACAUCUCACCAAUUAUCAGUGUAGUGUAUGAACUUCCAGACAUUCAGUCACUUGGUGUUAUAUAAUGUGAUCCCUAGCAUUACUUGCUCUUUUUUCUUGUAACCUACAGCAACAACUCGUUGAAUCAGCGUGAUCGUUAGAUCUUACACAGUUCCUCCAUUGUGUAUCCUUAAGUAACCUCUGACCUUGUGUCAUAUCCAAAUGGAACAUAUAGCACAAGUUACUGUUUUUUGGACUGGAAAGAAACAAAGUUAUUGUUCCAGCAGUGUCGAAAUAACCGAAGGACUUGGUAGCGUGUCAUGAUGUUUAUUGACAUAUUACAUAUUACAGUGUGGAGAUUCUUUUCCAGUCUCUAUUUUCUUUGUCUGUCGACGCGUGUCGAUCGGCGACAACACCCGAACUUCAUGAUGCCCAGUGCCUCCAGUUGGGAAGUAUGGCAGUAAUCUCGCUGUGACCUUGCAAAACCUGGGAUACGAUGCAUGCUUUCAUGUCACACCGAGGUGAGGUGACUGGGGAACAGGAGAAGGGACAUGGAAUGUAACUAGGCUGGAGGAGAAGCGGAACAUUCUUCAAGCAGAAAAUAGCACGAGCGCUUCGAACUUAUUCCCCGGGUUGACAGCCACAGUGGAGCAGUCAUGCUUCCGCCAGGGCCUCGGAUUUCAGUUUGCACUACAUGUAGAGAAGAUCGCCAUCCUGGGAGCUGAGGUAAUGAGGAGACUUCAGAAGAGUCGACCGCGCAGGCAACACACACUACAUUUAGGGUUCGUCAUCACCGUUUUGAUAGUCAAUCUCAGGAUCUCAGACCAUGGUGUCAUCACCGAUCACAUCAUAUUUUAGGGGCUGUUCGGCAAUCCUCCCGCUCCGUGAAAUCUCAGGAUCUGUGGAGCACCUCCUUCCCCACUCCGCGAUUUUAAACUGCCGCUCCACCAGCUCCGAGAGCGGAGUUGUGGAGGGGAGGGAAUCCGAACAGGCCCUUUGUGUUUGCUUGACCCACUUUAAUCUAUUUGUAUGGCUAACUUGCCACAACAGAUUAUAAAAUAAG